CAUCGUUCCAUUUCCCCCCGCCCCGGCCAUCGAUGGUCCGUCCGUCGUAUCUCAGACCUCAACAAACGAUAUUGGAAGAUGAUUCACAGUCAAGAAACUGAAACCAGACACCACAUCAAAAUUUGACAGUGUCCUUUGAUUCAUCAGUACAUCAAUAUUAUUGGCUUCUGAAUCAAUGAGCCAAUAUUUGUCAAUCUCCCAUUGCCAGUGGAGAUGAUGAUGAUGUUUGACCUUCCUGAAUUACUGCAGUCCAUAUGAUGAAGGUGCUCCCACAGCAAGGUUGUUUGAAAGGGAAGAUUUUCAGUCGGGCAAGUGGAAACGGCAUGACGUCGGGAUCCCACAUCAUUCGGACUCUGAACACGGAAGGAAAAAGCACCAUUCUCGGUAUGGAGAAACCAUACACAUGUUCUGUAUGUGAGCGACAUUUCAGCCGGUCCUGUGACCUGUCAAGGCACAGGCGGUGUCACACCGGGGAUAAACGGUGGGAAUGUGGAGACUGUGGGAAGGGAUUCCGAUCCCCAUCCGAACUGGAAAGGCAUCGGCGCAUUCAUACCGGGGAGAGACCGUUCACCUGCUCUGAGUGCGGGAAGGGGUUCAACAAUUCAUCUAACCUACUGAAUCACCAGCGGGUUCACACUGACGAGAGGCCUUUUAAAUGUCCGGACUGUGGGAAGUGCUGCAAGAGUCCCGGGGACCUAAUGUCCCAUCAACUUGUUCACACUGAGGAGAGGCCGUUCAGAUGCUCUCACUGUGGGACUCGGUUCAAGCGAUCGUCUGAAUUUAGCGUCCACCAGCGCACUCACACUGGGGAAAGGCCAUUCGCUUGUGCUGACUGUGGGAAGGGAUUCACUCGGUCAUCCCACCUCCUCACACACCGACAGGUUCACAGUGACGAGAGAGCGUUCCGAUGCCAGGAGUGUGAGAAGUGCUACAAAAGUUCUCGGGAACUGAUGUCCCACCAACGUAUUCACACUGACGAGAGACCUUUCAAGUGCUCUCACUGUGGGUUCGCGUUCAGACAAUCCUCUCAACUCUCUGUACACCAGCGAGUUCACACCGGGGAGAGACCGUUCACUUGCUCCGAGUGUGGGAAGGGAUUCACUCAGUCAUCCCACCUACUCAGACACAAGCGAAUUCACAAGUAAAUACAGUGAUUGGAUUUUGCUGUUAAUUACACCCAGGACUGAACCAAGUUCAUUGAUGUCUAUUUCUGUUGAUGUCAACCAUUUCCAGCCCAGUUAUAGGUGUUAAUAUUCUGGAUAACAAUCAACUCCGAUCGUUUCUUUUUGUUAACCAUAUCACGUGGGUCAUUUUAAUAUCUCUAGUUCCUUUAGAAGGGCUCUCCUUCUCACCUAUCUCGUCCAUUCCCACCUCCAAAGCUUAUGAAGCUUCUUUGUCACUCAGACUGAGAAAGCCUUAUCACCUGGCUCCGCUGCCUCUCUCCCUUCCAACAUAUCUAAGUUCCAGAUUCUCUCCUUAAAGUCUGGCUGUGGUUGAACUUCCCCACUCCUGUAUGAUUAUUACAUCACUAACGUCAUGAGUAUCCACAUUUAAUUUGAAGAGAAAUAAAUAGGGUAUAAUAUAGUAACGAUGCCCAGAUCAAAGCAUAUGAAAGUUCAUCUCCAGAAGUUUAACUUCAGGAGUUGCCUCAGGCACAGUUUUGAUGCCCUUACUUGAGGAGAGAUACAGUUGAAUUCGAGGCAGUUCAGAGGAGGUUGACUGAUUCUAGGCAUAAGGAAUUUGUCUUGUGAAGUGAGAUCGAGCAGUUUAGAUGAGAUGAGAUUCCCUGCAGUGUGGAAACAAGCCCUUCGGCCCAACCAGUCCACACCGACCCUCCGAAGAGUAACCCACCCAGACUCUUUUUCCCUCCGACUAAUGCACCUAACACCAUGGGCAGUUUAGCAUGGCCAAGUCACCCUGACCUGCACAUCUUUGCACAGUGGGAGGAAACCCAUGCAGACACAAGGAGAAUGUACAACCUCCACACAGACAGUCGCCCAAAGCUGGAAUCAAACCUGGGACUCUGGCGCUGUGAGGCAGCAGUGCUAACCACUGUGUCGUCCUUUAGGGCUAUACUCUCGUAGUUUGGGAGAAUGAAAGGAGAUCAAAUUGAUGUAUAUAAGAUGCUCAAGCAGAUUGACAAAGUAGCUGUAGACAGACAGGAUGCUUCCUCGUGUGGCUAUCUAGAUCGAGAGCUGGUAGUUUUAAGGUAAGGGGUAGCAGAUGUAAAACCAAGAUGAGAAAUUACUUCCCUUUAAAAGGUCAAGAAUCUGUGGAAUUCACUCUUCCAGAGUGUGGCGAAUGCUGGGAUAUUUUGUGUAUUUAAGAGGGGGAUAGACAGGUUUUUAAUUAGUAUUGGGUUGAAGGGUGACAGAGGGCAGGCAGGAAAGUGGAGUUGAAUCCAAGAUGAUCAUAUUAAAUGGAGGAGCAGGCUUAAGGCAGCAAAUGGACUACUCGUGCUCCUAGGUCUUACGUAGUCUGGUUUCCUCAAAGUUAAAAAUCAUACGCCAGGUUAUAGUCCAACAGGUUUAAUUGGAAGCACUAGCUUUUGGAGUCU